CAGGACGAAGAAGUCAUGUCACAUGUUAAUCAUUGUGGUGCUUUUCAGCUAUAUUUAAGUCCAUAUCAAAGAUAUCAGAGAGCUCUCAGAGAACAAGGAAGUGCUGAUGUAGCGUAUGCUCGUCUUAUGUUACUGGGAUCAGCUGGUACUGGCAAGACGUCUCUCAAGCGUUCAUUAAUGGAAGAACCUUUCAAUCUUCAUACUACAAGCACCAUUGUAUCUGAUGUAUCCUCUGUACGACCAUUUGGACAUGAAUGGCAAAUGAGAGGAAACAGAUGGAGUGAAGCCACAGAAGAAGAUGAAAUGAAGGAGCUGGCUCGUUUGUUUAAAUCCAGCCUAUCUAAAUCAUCUUGUCGUGUUGCAGCUGAAUCAAGUUUAGUAUCUGAUUCACUUGAUGUAUGUCCUGCAAAAAGUAGUUCCAAGCCUUUAGAUUUAGGUGCAAAAAUCAAAUCAUUGCUUAAAAGAGUUCGUACAUAUCAGACAACAGAAUCGCAUGUUCAACCAUUUCUUCAUAUAUGGGAUUGUGGUGGUCAGCCAGUGUUCCUUGAGAUUCUCCCAGCCUUCCUCACUCCUCGUACAAUGUUUCUCCUCCUAUUUGAUGCUUCAAAGGAUUUCAAGGAAAGAUGGCAGUCACGUCAGAAUACUCCUGAUGGUAAAGUGCUGUUUGGUGAGGUAGUGAAUGAAAGCACGAGUGAUCUAAUGGCCAAAUGGAUGUCUACAAUACAUAGUUACCUUGUAAAGCACAAAAAAGAUGAUUCAAGAAGCAGCUACUUUGUGAUCAAGCACAAUAUAGAUGAUACUUCUUCUCCUAGUCUCUAUUGCAUUGGCACUCGUGGUGACAUGCUAGAUGAAGCAGAAAAGAAAGAAGCAAAGAAGCAAAUCCAGUCUCUGUAUGAGGAGAAAGAGUUCUCAGAUCUUAUCAAAGAUGUGCUAAUCAUUGAUAAUACGACCUCAGGCAAAGGAGAAAGAGAAGAUCCAAAUAUUACAUUGCUACGAGGAGCAAUUGAUAGUUUUAUCAAUAAAUUAACUGUCAAAACCCCUGUUAAUUGGUUUCUUUUUCGCAAAGUUCUUCAGGAGCUGAAGCAGAAUGUCAUUAGUUUAUCUGAAGCCAUUGCCAUUGGGGAAGCAUGUCACAUACCAGCAGGAGAGGUUCCUGUAGUAUUAAAAUUCUACCAUGAGCUGGGAGUUCUGCUUUCCUAUCCCAAAAUAAAAAGUCUGACUAAAAAAGUCAUUCUUAGCCCAAAAUGGUUUGUUGAUACCAUUGGGAAGGUGUUCCCACUCGAGAAAGAAUGGAGUGGAGGAAAAAAGUGGUAUUUGUUGCGAAAUAAAGGUAUUCUUGUUCAACCACUUUAUCAAGAAAUAUGGCAGUCAAGUGGUAUUGAUCCAGAAGACAUAAUUGAACUUUUAGUUCAUUUUCGUCUUGCAGCUCCAGUCCAAACUGAGCAUUAUGAUAGCACAUCCAAGCAAUAUUUUCUUCCAGCAGUGCUACAAGGAUACACAGGUGAUCCUAAUGAAGUACGACCUGGUUAUAAGCUAAGAGCCUCACCUGUACACAUUACAUUCACCACUGGGUAUGUACCUCCUGGCUUCUUCACUCGUUUAGCAACUGCUGUUGCUACUGAUGCCAAUGUUAAGGUCAAUUUUGAUAAAGAUUAUGCAGCACCUGACAUUCAUUCGAAAUGUAUCUAUCGUAAUCGUGUUUGCUUCUCUUAUGGUCGUCCUUCUGAUGAUUUUGUUCUCACUGAUGUUAAUACAGCUAUUCAAGUUGAUGUGUUUCGAUAUGUACCUGAGAGUAGUAAUCCUGUUCCUUUCAAAGCAGUUUGUCAGCAAAUAUUGAAGUUACUAAAUGAAUGUUGCCAAAAAGUAGAAGACACCCUCGAUAUUUACCAUGGUCAUUACCCUUACCUGCUCCUUGGUCCUCAUGCUUAUCAAAAAUCGUCAAGAAGAAUACAUUAUGUUUGUCAAUGCAGUCCUUCCAGUGAAGUCCAUUACAUUAAUGACAUUGAUGCUAUGAAGCAGACAUGCUCUGAUCUUGUUUACUGCAAGAUGGAAAGAAUUCCUCGCCCCCUAACCAUUAAUGAGUCGAUGUGGUUUAAAGGAAAAUUGUUGCAAGAAAAACACCAAGAGACACCACAUUUGGAAGAGAUUAACGAUGAUAUUAAGCCAGUAAUUCAAAAGGUUGAAUCAGCUAUAAUUCACUCACCCACACAGAUCAGUGAAUCCAAUGAUAGUCAACAAAAAGUCAUAUUGACUAUCAGGGAUCUCGUAGAGAUAUUACGAGUGCUAAAAGAUGGUCAUUUUCAAACUACAAAAUGGUUUGAUCUUGGUCUCUACUUGGGUCUGAUUCAUGAUGAUCUAAAGAUUAUUGAGGAUAACUAUCCACGAAAUGCUGAGCGAUGUCUCAGAGAAUGUUUAGCGAAGUGGCUAAAAGAAGAUAUUGAAGCAACAUGGGACAAACUAGCUAUUGCUGUAGGUGAAGUAGGAGAUACAACAGUUGCUGAUUAUAUAAGAUCAACAACAAAAGAGCCUUAAUGGUAUGCCAGGAUUUCAAAUUAAUUAAAACUAUAGUUACAUUGUUACAUUAGAAUAAACUUAUAAAAUUAUUAGUAGUUGCUUUUUUAGUGUGCAAUGCUUAAUCUGCUGGAAUGUAUACAAGAACUAUAUAAUUCUUAAACAGUUAUUACGCCAUUCUUUCUGUACUGUAUAUUAGCUACUUCAUUAUAGUUAAAUUAUAGUUUAUAAGUAGAAUGCUGUUUUAUUCUACCAUGAUGGAGUCACAUGUUUGAGGGUAUUGUAAUUAAUAAGUCAAUUCUACAGUUAGGCAUUUGUUGAUUGUUUCAAGUUGAUUCUUGCUUUUAUAUUAAUGGAUGCUAUUUAGCACAAUGCUGGUGACUAAGGAAGCAGUUCCUGUCACAAGUAGUCAGUGUA